GCGCACAUGUCGCGUCCGGGAUCGGCGGGUGGCAGCCUGCGCCUGCGCACUGGCCGGGGGCCGGCGGCGCUGAGGGGGCCAGGAGGUCCGGGGGCCAGGAGGUCUGGGCGCCCGCAGCGCAGGCGCCAGUGUGCUCACCGCUGUGCUGCAUGCAGGUUUAUCCAUGAAUAACUUAAAUGACCCCCCAAAUUGGAAUAUCCGCCCUAAUUCCAGGGCUGAUGGGGGUGACGGAAGCAGGUGGAAUUACGCCCUGUUGGUUCCAAUGCUGGGAUUGGCAGCCUUUCGUUGGAUUUGGUCUAGGGAGUCCCGGAAAGAAAUAGAAAAAGAGAGAGAAGCAUAUCGUGAGAGAACAGCUGCUUUCCAACGGGAUCUGGAAGCCAAGUAUCACACCACGAUCUCAGAAAGCCGGCGUGCCGUCGCCCGGCUGUCCUUGGAACUAGAGAAGGAGCAGAACAGGACGGCUAGUUACCGAGAAGCUCUGAUCUCGCAGGGCCGCAAGCUGGUGGAGGAAAAGAAGCUCCUGGAACAGGAACGGGCUCAGCUCAUGCACGAGAGACAGGUGCAGCCUCUGAGAGGCGCGUACCUGCGCUGCCUGGAGAGGGAAGACGACUGGCAGCAGAGGGCCCGGCUGCUGCUGAAGGAGUUUGAGGAGGCGCUCACGGAGCGGCAGAGCAUCUACUGCAGCCUGCUGCUCCCUCGCCGCAGGCGCCUGCACAUCGAGAAGAGCCUGCUGGUGCGAGCCUCGGUGGACCCAGUGGCUGCUGACCUGGAGAUGGUGGCGGGUUUAACCGACAUCUUUAAGCAUGAUACGUAUUGUGGCGACGUCUGGAAUACCAACAAGCGCCAAAACGGGAGGCUCAUGUGGCUGUAUCUCAAGUAUUGGGAGCUCGUCGCCGAACUGAAAAAGUUCAGGAGGGUAGAGAAAGUCAUACUAGAGAAGUAAGACAGGAGUGAAGUGCGCUGCGCCCUGGGUGCCUGGGGAGCACGGGGUCCCUCCUUGCGGCUUCUCACAGCCUUCUGGGGCGCCCAGCAUGUUAUUAAGCUCCUAUCUGGUAAAGUACAGUGUCCUUAGCCUAAGUAAUGUUCUGUCUGUUUUGAUUACUCCCUAAAUAAAUUGUGUUUUUCCUUGAA